AUGGCCAACGAUGAGGCUCGGGAGGCCGGAGGGUCUCCCGGUGCAACCCGGGACGAGUCCGCUGUGUCCAGUGAACUCCGAGGCCUCUCUCUCAAUACCGAGCCAUCUGUGCCGGCCCUAUCGCAGCCACCACCAUCCCGGCCCAUAUCUAGUGGCGUUGUUUCUGUGGACAUCACAGCUCAGUUCAUGGCAGCAGCGGCGACUCUUGGGCCAGGAGAGCUAAUCAAGGACCCCUUCUUCACACUCUUUGAGUCUGUUGGGGCACUCGAGAUCAUGGAUCCCAAGAUGGAUAGUGGCUGCCUUCCUGCCGAAGAGCUGGAAGACGACACUUAUGAUUUUGCACGUCCUCUGCUUCCCGAGGAGGUUGUCGGAAUAAUUGACCAGCUUUUAUGUCUUGAGCAUUACUCGGGAGGAAGUGCGCCAAGUAUUGUUCUCGGCACGGACAGCUGUCCUCGACCCCCGGAAAACAAUUGGGCGCAGGAUGUUGCUCUGGCAUUAGACGCCCGCCUAGAGUUUCGUGACGCAUUUCUUCAUGCCAUCGAGCUGGCCGAGCUUCGUAUUCAACCGGAUGCCCUACAAGUCCCCUGGAAAUCAAUGUUGGCUGCCAUGGAAGGCGUCAAGAAGACACAUAAACUGGGCAAGAAUUUGCCUGGAGCUUUUAGUGUCAAGCUGCAGCGUCGACUAGCCAGCACUAUGCCACCACGGCCAAUCGUACAACCCAGCUUCGAUGAAGCCUGUGAGCGGUGGCUACGCUUCUGCAAGGAUGGUGCCAGCGUUAUCGACGUCCUCCGCUAUGCGGAUCCGCAGAGUUUGCUAAAAUUUGUGCUCACCUUCCAAGCUCAGAAACCACAACCGUUAGUAUUCAUACGAACACUGAUGCAAGAUCUGAUCUUUGCGGAUAAUAUCAUGCUUGGCCAGAUGAGCAUCCGGCAGGUGAUGGACGAUGACCUGGCGCUGCUGGUGUUACCUGCCAGCAUGCUGCUCGACCCAACAAACGACGAAGUCGAGGCGGUGCAGGAUCCACGCUUCGCCGUGGCCCAGCACAUGGAAGAGUUCCGACAACGCGCCUUUCCAGCAUACUUUGAAGUAUUCCGGACGCUGUGCCAAAACCGCAGCCGAACACGUCGGAUGUUAUGCCGGGCCAUCCAGGAGUGGGACAAGCUUCAGAUCGACGCAGAGGACAUUGACCAACUGGUGGAACAUGCUGUGGGUGGUGGCAGGUCGAGAGGUGGAAUGACGUCAGAGGGGCCUACUGCUGCUGAUGCCUUGCCUCUAUCGUCAUGGGCCUUCCUCUAUAAACUGCAGCUGAUGGAGUGGGUCACGCAGUUAGGUUUUGAGCUGGAGGUAUACCAGGUCGACGAGUUGCCCGGAAUGUAUUGGUACCUGAGCUACCUGGCCAAACGGCGGGUGCAGCAUGUCGAGCGCAUCCGCAGCUUCACUGUGCGGGCUAUCCAGGAACACCAGCAGCCCCGGGCCGGAAGGAAGGCCAGCACGCUGUCAACAGCCGAGCACACGGCCUACGUGCGGUCGCUGGCGUUUCUGCGCGCAACCCUGAUUGACGCAUCGGCGAGCUGGGAGCUGGCCGAGGCGCUGUCUUGCUUCUAUUCGGUCCUGCAGCGGACGGGAGAGAUGCCUAUUCCAGACCGACCCUUUGGCAGCGAGGAGCUGCGCUACGAGUUGCGCAUGCGGCCGUUUGCUGCUGGUGGCCCAUCGGAGCUGCCGCCCUUUGAUAUAUUUGCCGCGGAGGUGAAGCAGGCCGACAGAAGCGUGGCCGAGAUGCUGACGUAUGCUGAGAAGGCUGUCGGGGCGGCCAAGAAGGGGUUUGAGGCUCUGACCAAGCUCGACGAGCGCGAAGAGUCCUUCUCGGCCUUCUGCCAUGACAGAUGGGUGGCGCGGACAAAGGGUAUGCAGAAGUCAGCCAUAUUUGCCGGCAUCGCAGUGGCGACGGCACAGAAGGCAGCAUUGGACGAAGGCACACAAAAUCGGUCCAGACUGACGAUCGAGGUGCCCACGCCGGACAAGUGCUAUCACGAGUGGUGGGUCGUUCCAAAGAUCACCAUUAAGCCGGCUGCAACAUAA